GUGUGAACUAAAUAAUUAUACUGUGACGUAUAGGUCGUUAUUUAAUUUAGUUAACUAAUAAGACCUUAUUGUAAACUGUGUUAACUAAGGUUGUUUUAAAAUGUUGCCUAAUUAUGUAUUCUAAAUUGCGUGUUAGUUUCGUACCGUGACUGACAGAAACUGACGCGUGAAUUGAAAGUGAAAGUAAAAUCAGCCGUUUAUGUCUGAAACUCGACUGACUGUUGCUACGAGUAACCCGGGAGCUGAAGUAUCUUUGAGGAAGCUGUCCACCACUGAGAAGCUGUCAUAUGGGAGAGUUCUGGAGUAAAAUGUCUUAUCGACAAUACAGACGCUUCACAUAUUGCAGCUAUUAUGUUGAUGUUUCAGAAGUGAGAGGUCUUUUCAACUACAGUCUGUCCUGUUGUGUGAAUUCUCUGCUUCAGUCCUUCUCUGCCACCACUGAACUACUGGACAUACUGAACAAAUGGUGUCCAUCUGAGGAGAUUGAACAGAGUAACAUCCCACAGCGGUUAAAGAAUGCCCUAUUAGCCAUGAGGGAUAAAUCACAUCCUGCUCCGCACAAAGACUUCCUGGACAGCCUCUACCGUCACGCCAUCCGCCGAGGCACUCAACAGGAUGCGGAUGAAAUCUUCCACAUUAUCCUCAAUCUCAUUCAGAAACAGAUCUCUGAUCUUGGCUUGGCUCAGGAAAUCCGCAGUCUCUAUGAGAUAAAGGUGGAGACACAGGUGCAAUGUUCACAUUGCUCAUUCAUUCAACGAGAGCCCAACUCUCUUUUCAGCCUUCCUCUGGCAAUUAGUGAAAAGGAAAACACCCUGGAGAGCUGCAUAAACUCUUUUUUCCAGUCUCAAAACCUGGUGAAUGGUGACAAGUAUCACUGUAACCAGUGUGAACAGAAGCAGCCAUCCACUCAUGGACUGAAACUCGUCUCAUUGCCUCUGAUCCUGUGUGUCCACUUGAAAAGAUUCAGAAACGAUCGUGGCGUCACCAGGAAGCUCGACAGCAAAGUCACCUUCCCUGAUUAUUUUAAAUCAGGCAUUUUUGCUGCAGGACAACCAGAAAAUGUUGCGAAUGAUUCUCCCAGGGCUGAUGAGCAUUACAGUCUCUAUGCAGUAAUAGUUCAUAUAGGAUCUGCUAUGUUUGGUCACUACACUGCUUACAUCAGGCCAGUUCAGGAGGACCAGACGUGGUACUAUGCCGAUGACUGUUCCGUGCGACCAGCCAAAUGGGCAGACGUGCAGAGCACAUAUGAAGGAAGCAACGCGGCCUACUUGCUUCUGUACAGGAAGAAGAGCUGCAAUUCAUCUGGAUAACGGUUGGGAACACUAGCCUACAGUCAAUGACUGGACACUAUAUGGUUUAAUGCAGAGGAAUAUUCUAAGAAUAGGACCAAAGUCUAUUUAUAUUUUGUGUAUAAGUAUGAAGAGAGGUGUGUGAGAAUGUAAAUCAGUAUAAUUAUUUUCAUGUUGAAUGGGGUUGAUGUAGGACGGUAUUUUGGACUGGAUUAAGCUAUUUUGGAAGUGAUUAUAUUGUGGCGUUUAUAGAUGCUGUUCAAUAAAAAUAAUAUGUUUAAAAAUAA